AUGCACCGUGCAAUAUCGAUCAACCAUGAUGUCGUCGACAUAAUGGAAACCAGUAGCGAAUGGACACUCCGGGGAAGCGUUGAGGAGAGCAGCGGCAACAGUAUCACCAGCAACAACGACAGCCAAAUAGUGGAAGGGUUGGAGGAGGAAGCUUUGAGUAAUGACUCGGCGCCUGACAAACAAGAAGACUCAGCGACAGCAUCUCAUGCCCAGCAGGAUGAUGAUGAAGAUACUAUUUCACAUGAUCAAUCUGUGUCAUCCCUAGACUCAGCAGAUGCUCGGGAAAAGGCAAUUCAAGAUGGCUUCCUUGCCUUUCUUACAGGCUACAUCCAGAAUGAUGUCUUUUCCCGCUUCAUGGAAUUUCUGACCAAUAUAUGGGGCUUUAUCAUCAAGAAGCUAGGCCGUGGAAACAGUGAUGGUGACAACCAAGAGGUCGGGGCAGAGGACUUGGCGGAAGAAUUGAUGGAUAUCGCAGAUCCGGGGUUAACCAAUUUCAACACGAGCUUCAACACCAGUCUGCAAAGUGUAACCGGAAGUGGUGGUGGUGGUGGUGCCAGCGGGGGUGGCGGCGCCUGUGGUGUGGCACCCGGACCUCCUCCAGGAGUUGCGGAAAUGGCAUCUGCUGCCGCAAACAGUGCUGCAAGUGGAGCAGCCAGUGGGGCAGCAGCUGGAGCAGGCGCAGCCACAGCAGGUGGAUUGGGCGGCAUGGCUGGAAUGGCGGGAGCUGUGGCAGGAGCUGGGGCCGCAACACAAGGUGGAAUUGCAAUGGGAGUUGCUGCUGUUACAGCGACUGUUGUUUCUACUGGAGUAACCGUCAACAAUGUUACGGCACCAGUUGCCUAUGAUUUCACGUUUGUGCCACCAGUGUGUUCAGAAGAUUCUGUAAAGAAAAUUGGGUUUGUUGAACUCCAAGUGCAGGCCUUGCCCCCAGAGGCUAUUGAAACUCGGAAAUUGAUUCUUGAAGAGUGA